CUUUUGAGUGAGUGUUUGAGAUUCAUUUUAGCCAUAAAAAUAAAAGUUCUUCAAGCGAUUUCAAGCCAUAAAAGUCCUUCUCGUGUUUAGCAUUCAUUUUAGCCAUAAAAUCCUUCUCAGAUGUUGUUUGGAUUCCUUUUAACUUGAUAAGUAAUCAAUUAAGGAAUCAUCAUCUUCAUCGCUGCCGUCACACCAUGUCCGACCAGCAACAAAAACCGCCGCCGGCAACAAGCGGUCACAUCAACGUAUUUUGGGAGGACGGUAUGCUGGAUCACUACACCGGAGAAGGAGUAUUCGACUCCGGAAUAAACCCUGGGUUUCUGGACGUACUCGAAAAGCACCCCGAAAACUCCGAUAGGGUCCGAAACAUGCUCUCCAUUCUCAAACGAGGCCCCAUUUCCCCUUUUCUUUCCUGGCAUUCUUCCAGCCCUGCUACCCUCACCCAAUUACUCUCCUUUCAUACUCAAGAAUAUAUCGAUUCCCUAAUCGAAGCGGAAAAAAACGGUGGAAAGAUGAUCUGUGGUGCAACGUUUCUGAAUAUCGGAUCAUGGAACGCUGCACUGCUAGCAGCCGGCACGGCACUUUCAGCAAUGAAGUAUAUACUUGACGGGCACGGUAAAAUAUGUUACGCACUGGUUAGACCGCCGGGUCAUCACGCUCAGCCUACUCAAGCUGAUGGCUAUUGCUUUCUAAACAACGCGGGUCUUGCGGUUCAAUACGCUUUGGAUUCGGGUUGCAAAAGGGUUGCGGUUAUUGACAUUGAUGUUCAUUACGGGAAUGGAACUGCAGAGGGGUUUUACCGUUCUGAUAAAGUUCUUACUGUUUCUCUUCAUAUGAAUCAUGGUUCGUGGGGGCCGAAUCAUCCUCAAACUGGAGGUAUAAACGAGCUUGGUGAAGGAGCGGGAUUUGGGUAUAAUUUAAAUGUACCUUUACCAAAUGGAACAGGGGAUAACGGGUAUAAGUAUGCGAUGACUGAGGUGGUUGUCCCUGCUGUUAGAAAGUUUGAUCCUGAUCUGAUGGUAUUUGUUGUUGGCCAAGAUUCAAGUGCUUUUGAUCCAAAUGGAAGACAAUGUUUGACAAUGGAGGGUUAUAGAGCCAUUGGGAAGAUAAUUCACAGUCUAGCAGAUAAUCACAGCAAUGGGCGGAUCUUAAUCGUGCAAGAAGGCGGAUAUCACGUCACCUAUUCGGCUUAUUGUCUUCAUGCAACUCUUGAAGGUGUGCUCAAUCUUCCAAAUCCCCUGUUAUCUGAUCCUCUUGGUUAUUACCCUGAGGACGACUCGUUUGCUGUUAAAGCAGUUGAAUCGAUCAAACACCACCACAAACAGGUUGUACCGUUCCUUAGAGAGGUCGUCGACCAUUAGCCUUUUCAUGUUUGUGAAAUUGAUUCCAGAUAUAUGUAUGGGAUUAAAAGUUGUACCAGCAUUUUUACACAUAAUAGAAUCAUUAUAUUUAGCUUCUGUUA